AUGGUGAAAUUAACUGCUAUGAAAUCAACUGGCGGUUUUGGCAAGGGGAAAAUAGCUCAGAACGUCCGAGGUAUUGCCAGCAAUGCAGAAGGUCAAAGGAAGAAACGGCGCUCCGGCAGAAUUCGCUGGGAUACUUACAUCAUUCGGCUAUUCCGAGCUGUGGGAGGAGAUCAAGCAAUACUAAAAAAACAUUCUUGCCUUGUUUUAUCUUCUAUGCUCGACGACCUGCUUUGCAGAAUUGGAUCCGAAGCAUCCACAUUAUGCAAGUUUAGAUCUCAAAUGACAAUGAAGCCAAAUGCAAUCAAUAGGGGCAUACAAUUCGUAUGCGGCAGAUCUGAAUUGACGAAAUUUCUUUUGCAAGCGGGCACGGAGACUGUGGCAAGGUACCAAAGACUGCAAGACAAGGAAGAUCACAACCAAUGA